UAUAUAAUUAAAUAAUUAAAUUUGAAUUUAAAAUUAUAUAAUAAAACAAGAGAAUGUUAAUAUUGAUAAAAUUUUAUUAGAUGAAAAUUGAUUUCAUAGUAACAAAUAUUUAUGAUUUGGUUGAAAACAUAGUUUAUCUUGUAUUUCAAUAAUGUGUAUUUACCGUCUUUCUACUUCUCUUCAAGUAGCGUCUUCUUCAAGCAGCCACCCAUGGCUAUUUCCCCUCAAGCACCCAUGGCUUUUUUAUGAUGCUAUUUGGUCUGUGCAAUAAUAGCGUGUGUAUUUAAGUUAGAUUUAAGCUAUUAAGCGACACAACUAGGCGACGGCGAUGUCAUGUUUCUCUGCCGACUUCGGCUUCUCGGAGAAGAAGCGACUGAAAGUCGUCUUGGAAACCCAAAGGCAGAUCUCAAAAUCCAAAGUGGAAGACGAAGAACCCGAAGCCGAGGAAAAUGAAAGAGUUAGGGAGAAGGCAGCAGCGUGUGAGACAGAGAGCUGUGCGAUUUGUUAUGUGGAUGCUGGGAAAGCAAUCAGAGGCGAAAUCGAUAGUUGCAAUCAUUACUUUUGCUUCUUGUGCAUUAUGGAGUGGACCAAGACGGAGUCACGUUGCCCCAUAUGCAGGCGCAGGUUCACCUCUAUUCGCAGACCGCCUAAACACGAUAUUUUUACUAGCGAACGCCUCAUUAAGAUCCCACUUCGAGACCAGGAAUUCAUUCAUUCUGGGGGCACAAAUGGCUCUUUUGAUCCUUAUGCCGAGGUUUUGUGUAACGUGUGCAAUCAGACAACAGAUGAAAAUCUUCUACUGCUCUGUGAUCUUUGUGAUUCAGGUGCUCAUACAUUCUGUGUUGGACUUGGUUUCAGUGUACCUGAAGGCGAUUGGUUUUGCCACGAUUGUACCCUUUCUAAGGCUGAAUAUGCCAAUAGUGAAACAAAUACUAAUUUGACUCCUCCUGCCAGUGCAAAUGUUACUGGAAGAGAUUCGUAUGGCUUCUCGUACAGCAGCACAGUGACUGAGAGACAUCCUUCAAGAGUUUCUUCAAAUUCAAACAGAUCAUUAUGCCCUGAUGUUGUUACUUGUCCUGGUACCAGAACACUUCCGGGUGCCUCCAAGAAAGCAAAAGAAUCAGGUGCAAGAACAUUGGAUCGUUGUCGUAAUGUGCAAAGUCGAAUAAGAGUAUUGCGAGAAAAUUGGAAUGCAUUGCGAAGAGGGUCUGUGAGAUUCUCUUCACCUUCCACAAGCUGUGAGCAAUCAAAUAGUCAAGUUGGUAUUGCAUCACAUGAUAUUGAUAAGGCUUGGAAAAUGAUGGAAAUUGCGAAAUCAAAACAAUGUGAUCAAGGAAAGGCUAGCAAUCUUCAAUCAUCCAAACUGCCUCUUCUCAAAGCAAGUGCAUCAAAAGAAAGAUCUAAUGUAAAUUCAGAUAAUCUAAUAAAAUGUCAAGAUUUAGGCGUCCGAACUCCAGGAAGAAUUGGAAUGGAGAAGCCCGUCAAACCUUAUUUAUUUGGAAAAGAAGAGAAGAAACAUCAAUCACGGGAGUUGAAAAGUGAAAAGCCGAGUAGGGUUUUUGUUAAUGAGGUAGCAGGAUGUAGUUUUGUUCUUUCAACAACUUGCUCACCUAGAUUGUCUGAACAUCCAUUGUCUAAGAAUGUCUUUACUGGCAUGGGAGGUAAUGCCUGUGAAGAAAAUUGGCUGGCAUCAUUAAGGGAAAAUACAAAUCGAGCUUCAUCAAACAUUGCUAGUAAUCAAAAUGGUUCUUUACCUCCUUUUGCCGGGAGGCAAGAAACCUCUGAUUCUUUUAAAGUUAGAUCAGGGCUAAUUCAAUCUUCUUCUAAGGUAGAUGUACAUAAGGAUGAUACCAGGUUCAGAAAUGACAGCGUGGAAAGUAAAGUGGGAAAGCAUUGUGAUGCAAAAACUGAGAUCCAGUCCCUUGUCAAGCUCAGUUUGAAGCUUCUAAGCAGAGACAAACACUUAGAGGUUAACGCAUUCAAGGAAAUUGCAAGGCUUGCAACACAUACCAUUUUGGCUGCUUGUGGUCUAGAGUACAAAAAAAAGUAUGGCUUCUAUUCUUUCUCAAGCUUUGUUUGCCCUCACACUGAACUUUCCGAGAAGCUACCUCAGUCCAAUAUUAUGGCCGACUCAUGCCAAGAAUGCUUCAACAGUUCUGUAAUGAAUGUUGUCAGUUUCAUCAUGUUACAGAAAGCAAAAAAAAAAUUAAAAAAUUAAAAAAUCCUGAUGAGAAGCAAUCAUGAUUGAACUAGAAGAUAGGAAGCAAUACCUGUUCAUGUGUGCAUAUAAAUAGUCCACCCCUUGUAACAAAUUCUUUUGGGAGAAAGAACAUGGAUUCAUGAUAGCUCGUACAACAAUAACUCUGGUUUUUAACCUGUAUUCUGAGGAUCGAAGGAGAGGGAGGUUCUUAUGUGUAUUUGUUUUCUUUUAAACCUAACUCGUAAUUAAUUAAAGUGAAGAUGAAGCUGAUGGCAAUGGCAGCUUUAGAGAUCAGAGACUUCAGAAACGAAAAAUAGAACGUCUGCUCCGUAUCAGAUAUUCAUUGGUCUUGGAGCCUUCUAUUGUUCUGUAGCAGAUGGUAUACUGAUUUGUAAUGUAUUAUUAAUAUUUAUAUUCCAAUACAAUACUCUAUAAAAUGAGACAAAUUAUGUACAA